AUGAGUGAACUUUUGAUUUUAAGUACAGAAGGAUCAAAAUACUUUUCCGAACUUAUUGUCAAGCAGCUUAUCGAGUUAGGAUUCCAUCCUAACCAGUUAAAUAUUAAAAGAUCCGAAUUUCCAGGAGGCGAAAAAUAUUAUCGCCUAGAAGUUCAGUCAAAUUUCGAAUUACUUGGUAAAACGGCCAUUUAUGUUUCAGCUCUUGCCACUGAUGAUGAUAUUCUUGAAGUUUACCGUGUAGGCUCAACAUUGGUUCAGUACGGUGUGCGGCGUAGAGUUUUCAUUAUACCAUUUCUUGGAUACUCUACAAUGGAAAGAGCUGUCCUUCCAGGUGAAGUUGUUACAGCAAAAUGCACCAUACAAAUGCUUUCCUCAAUUGGCUCUGGUUCGAAUGGUAAUGUGUUCCUUUUAUUCGAUCUUCAUACUGCUGGCCUUCUUCAUUAUUUCGAAGGUCCAUGUCUUAGAUUGGAAUUGUAUGGACAAAAAGCAUUGCUUAAAUCACUUCCUCUAAUUGGAUUCGACCCAGCUACAUUCAUGUUUGCAUCUGCAGAUCUUGGCAGAACAGCUUGGGUUAACGCAUUUGCAAGAGAGUCUGGAACACCGGUCGCUUUUAUCAGAAAAGUUAGAACAAUGGUCGGAUCAAUUUCUCAAUCGCAGGCAUUUGAAGUUAUUGGUGAUGUCAAGGGAAAACAUGUUGUAAUUUACGAUGAUAUGACAAGAAGUGGUGGAACAUUAGUUCAUGCUGCAGAAAAGUAUCUUUCUGUUGGUGCACUCUCUGUUGAUGUCUGUGUUUCUCAUUUCUUGCCUAAUGACAAAAAAGUAUUAAAUUAUCUCAUUAAUAGCCCACUUAGAAAGAUUGUCGCGCUCAACACUCAUCCUGCAACACAAACUGCGCAGAUUAAAGCUCAUCCCGAAAAGUUUGUGAUUGUUGAUUGCAGCGAGGAAUUUGUCAACUGUUUGAAGGAUAUCAUACCAAAGAACUGA